GGUGAGGUGGCUGCCAUUCCUGAGAUGUUCGAUUCAGAGUAUCUGUGCCCGGUACUAAUAGGAACACCGCCCCAAACACUAAACCUAGACUUUGAUACGGGCUCAUCAGACUUAUGGGUGUUCUCAUCUCUCACACCGUCAAUUCAGGUUGAUGGCCAGACGAUAUACAAUCCAGAGGAAAGUUCGACGGCAGAAGAAUUAGAGGGAUCUACGUGGUCGAUCACGUACGGCGAUGGAAGCGCUUCAAGCGGAGUUGUUUUUACAGACAGCGUUUCAGUUGGAGGAGUUACAGUGCCAAACCAGGCAGUUGAGGUCGCUCAAAAGGUCUCAUCCGCAUUCACCUCCAGAGCCAGCACUGAUGGGCUGCUUGGCCUAGCUUUCAGUGAUCUAAACACGGUCCAGCCAACCCAGCAGAAGACCUUCUUCGACAAUGCCCUAAAUAACUUGGCUUCCCCCUUAUUUACCGCCAACCUUAAGCAAGCUGAAGCUGGGAACUACAACUUCGGAUUCAUAGAUCCAACGGAGUUUACUGGGGACAUAUCUUUCAUUCCAGUGAACGCAUCAUCUGGAUUCUGGCAGUUCACAGCAUCGGGCUUCCGCGUCAACAACUCAACGGCAAUCUCUUUCCCACACGUUGCUAUCGCCGACACCGGUACGACACUGUUGUUCGUACCGGAUCAGAUUGCAGCCGCCUAUUACCAGAAUGUCGAAGGGGCAGUGAACGACGUCACAGGCGCUGGCGGGUAUACAUACCCGUGCUCUGCCACACUGCCGGAUUUCACAGCCAUUAUUGAUAAUUAUGAAGCUUUAGUUCCUGGAUCGAUCAUACCUUUCGCCCCCGUGGAUGGAAAUACGUUCGAGGAUGCAACGACCUGCUUUGGUGGACUACAAGCUACGCCUAGUGGUCUACCAUUUUCCAUUUAUGGCGAUAUCUUCUUGAAGUCGCAGUUCGUGGUGUUUCAUGGAGGUAACCAGCAACUAGGGUUUGCAUCAAAGCCUUUGUAG